AUUGACAACCAAAUCGAUUCGAACUUUCAAGAUGAGGGCAACAACUAUUUCUGUGAUCUGUGUAUUGGCAAUUGUGCUAAGCACAACUGAAGUUCACGGCGCAGUCUCAAUUGGAGUUUACAAGGAUGAUGCUCAUCCAGGAAAAUGUGUUGUGGAUGCCGACACUAUUUUAGAUAAGGGCCAAGUUGUAACGCGUAAAUGCACGCGUAUUUCUUGUGGCGAUGGAAGCUUUGUUGAGUUUGCCACCUGUGGUGCUGUUGCUGUUGCCGAGCCCUGCAAACUGGGCGACUUCAAGUAUCCGGAUGCUGAUUAUCCCAAAUGUUGCACCCGAGUGCAGCAUUGUCCCGACGGAGAUAGUGAAAUUUAAAUUGGAUUCGUGUGAAUGAUUAACAAGUGAUAAAGCUAAAGUCGAGUAUAAUCGCUACUAGUUUACAAUAAAAAUAAAUAUCGAAAAAAUCCCAAAAUAAUUCUACUACAUUAAAAAUAUACCGCAGUGUACAAAAU